AAAAUCUAACCAAAAAUAGCUCGUGAUGUAAACUAGUCUCAGAGAUGAGAAAUACUGGGUUACUUAACGAAAUGGACAGCGUCUUAACUAAAUGCGUUCUUUUUAUUUAUUUAUUUAUUUACAGUAUUUAUAUUCCGCCCUUCUCACCCCGAAGGGGACUCAGGGCGGAUCACAUUAUAACACACAUAGGGCAAACAUUCAAUGCCCAUAAACACAUCAAACAGAGACUGAGAGACACACGCAGAGGCAAGUUAACCUUCUUCUGAGGGGAUGUUUGAUUCUGGCCACAGGGGGGAGCAGCUGCUCCAUCAUCCACACUGACGGCACUUCCUCAUUCCAGGUCGUAAAUUAGUUAAUCUUGCCUCCCCACUUUAUAAGCGGUACCUUAUCUCCUAAUUGAUAGAUGCAACUAUCUUUCGGGUUGCUAGGUCAGCAACGAGCAGGGGCUAUUUUUUAUUUUUUAUUGACGGGUGCUCACCCCGCCACGGGCUGGCCUCGAACUCAUGACCUCAUGGUCAGAGUGAUUUAAGGCAGCUGCUCAACAGCUGCGCCACAGCCCGUGAAAAAGCAACUUGCCACUGAAUAAUAGCAAUAAUGAUGACAAUGAUGAACAAAUUUGAAGGCUCAAUAUUGUACCUUUGCAAACCAAAAAGUGAAAAAUGAGAAGAAUAUGAUAAAUUACAAAAAUGUAUAGAAUUACCUCCCUUGAACCCAUGGUAAGUGGUUUCUCUGUUUCCUUUGUAUUCAUGUUGGAAGUCUUCAACUUGUGUCCCAAACACUUCAACGAAUAAUAGAUGAAGUACCCUUAAGACACUCUAAAUUCUGUGAAGUCACCCUUUCAUUUGCAAGGAAAGAAUAUGACCAUAUGAAAGAAUAUGAAAGCCUCACAUUUAGGCUUCAGCUUUGAAUAAUAUUGCCACCUCACUGCACAUCACAGCCACAUAGAAAACAUGGUCAGGGUUUCUUUAAAAUCUUGCUACGAGCAUACAAGCAAGAUAUCCUAUGCAUUUAGGUGCCAACUGGGUCCUGAGGCCUUUCAGUGUUCAUACUCAAAUCUUGCGUAUCUGCUGUGCGUGUGCAUGGAUUGAGGCAAGUUAAGUGAUAUGCUGCCUUCUGUAUCUAGCUCCCCCACAUCCCCAUUUUCAAACUACAUUGGGAAUGUAGCUGGUGUUCUGGCAACAGAGGAUCAGGUGUCAAGAUGACACAGUUCUUUCCCUUGCGCCAGCAGCUGCAAAGCAGCAGUGUCCUUGAACAGGGGCUUACUUUAAAUGCCCUGUUCAAUGACUGCAUCUGUUGAAUUCCUUGUAAGCCUAGAGCAGAUGUGCAACUGAUCUUGGAGCUCACUUAUGUGUCAGGAUGUCCAGUUUACCACUUUACUGGUUAGGUGCCUGCUUUCCGCCUCACAGUUAUCUGUUGUAGUGGCAGGAGGUACCAUUAUUUCUUGGAAAGAACUGUGGACAAGUACCUUUAGCUUAUACUUAUAGCUAUCUCUUUACCAUAGAGGGAAGCUUUGGAUUCAUACUGAGAUCUAGAAAAUAUGAUGGUCAUAUAUGAGUUAGACCAAAAGGAUCAGGAACCUAUCAGGAGGGCCCAGUUUGUGGUCUUGGCUAUAGACUUGACAUGGGGUGUCUCUGGCUGCUGGCUUACAUUUCAAAUUAUAUCAACUCAAUCAGUUUCGUUCAAUAAGUUGGAAGUCUUUUAGUACGGCCUAUCACAAUUAGGUAACAGAUCAAGUCUUAAUACACCAGGAGCUGAACAUAAGUCAACAGUGUGAUGUGGCAGUUUAAAAAGCCAUUGAGAUUCUAGGCUGUAUCAAUAGAUGGAGGGAAAUCAUAGUCCCAGUCUUUUUUGCCUUUGUCAAAGGUGACCUGGGAUCUGUGUCCAGUGCUGGGCACCACAAUUCAAGGAGGAUAUGGACAAGCUGAAACUUGUCAAGAGAAAGGCAAGCAAAGUGUUAAAAGCUCUGAAAGCUUAUGAAGAGCAGCUGAGAGAGCUGGACAUGUUCAGCUUGGAGAAGAGAAGGCUGAGAGGGGACAUGAUAGCCAUGGUUAAAUUUUUGAAAGGAUGUCAUAUUGAGGAAAGAAGCUUGUUUCUCCUGCUCUUGAGAUGGGCAUAGUAAUAAAUUCAAAUUACAGGGGGGUAAUUCCACUUAAGAUUAGAAAGAACUUUCUUAUGGUAAAAGCUGUUUGACAGUGUAAUGGCUGCCUUGGAAGGCAGUGAAGUCUCUUCUGGAGAAUUUUAGGCAGAAGCUGGAUGCCCCUUGAUUAAGUAUUCCUGCAUAGCAGAGGGUUGGACUGGAUGGCCCUUGUGGUCUCUUCCAACUCUGUGAUUCUUUGAAGCUGCUCUGACCAGACAGAUUGCUGGUCCAUCUGGUUCUGGGUUGAGAUGAUGUUGAUUUGCAACAGAUUCCUAGGACCCCUGAUUUUUCCCAAUUGUUCCCAAGCUCCUGGCAGGACAUGAAAUACUGUUGCCUUCUGCUUUUUAGAAAUGAGGCAAUUAGAAUGACCAAACCAUUGGCUCUGGUUCAAGAUUGUUGUCUCCCAGAUUGCACUGUUUGUCAUGUAAGCAGUUGUGUGAAGAUCCCAUGCUCAGUUUGUUUUUGAGAAACAGCUGUAGAAUGCAGCCUGUAGUUCUGCCAGCACGAGGAGAGCCAUUUAAUAUAUUCAUGUUGUGCUUCAGAGCAUGUGUUUAUAUUGGCAUGGUAAUCCUUUGUUGCAAAACAAUAAACCUUCACACUACUUUUAAGUCCCCGUGACUUAAGGAGUUUCUACCAUGUUUGUUUUACAUUAGAUAAAUGUGGGCGUUCCCUGGAACACCGCAGCCUCUCUGUGUGGAUUUCCUUCCUUCCGCUUCCUUGCCUUUGCUGUGUUUUGGCUCCAGGAUUCCACUCAGGUUACUAUAAAUUUGGUGAAUGUCCGUGCCCAGCCCACAUCUGAUAAGUGGAUAUCAAAGGAACAAAUCAAGAAGCAUUGAUGAAGGAAAUGGCAGAGAGCUGAUUUUCCAGACCCUCAUGAGGACAAGAGGCACUAUGUUGUCUGUGAUUUCUGCAUCUUCAGGAACAGCGUAAGAACUUCAAAAACUGCUGACUCCUGUCCUUUCUGCUCUAUGGGUCAAGUAGCAUUUUGUCUGACCUCUAUUGAACUUUCCUCUUAAGCGGCAUCUAGAACAAACCCUAGCAAAACGACUCUAGCCAGCCAAGAUUUGCAGCCUUGCUUUGGAUUUUGGGAACCAUGUGCGGGAAUUGCCAGCAAAGAGGGCACCUUUGGAGAUGCAACCUGUUGCUGUUUUUCCUUUGGAGUUGCUCUGUGGCAGAAGCCUGGCCCCAUCCCACAUGUCUUCCCUUGUCUGCUUCCACUCCGCAACCUGUGCAGGGAUUUUGGGAGCUGGUACGGCAAGGCACCGGGUGCUCCAGCCGAGAGCGAUCUUCUACUGGGCAAGAAGUACACAUUGUCAGCCUGCGCAGUGGGAUGCCAACUAAUGCCCAGGUCAUUCUUGUGUUGAGUCCUGAGCCAAAGGAUGGAGCCCCCAUCUUUGUUCUGCAGUCCCAAGAGCCUGUGCUCUGGAUGCUAUCAUCUCCUCCUAGAAAAAAAUGGACCUUCCAGGUCUCCCUGGGUUCCGGUGUUUCGGCCCCUGAACCAGGGGCUUUUGUUGAGGAGACCAGCUUUCCAAAGACACCCCGAGGUCUGCUCAAAUGGACACGGAGGGAGCACGGAGGGGUCACAUCUCUGGCUGAGUAUCAUGGAGUCAACACAGUCUACAUCCUGGGAAAUGACGGCGCUGCACCAGCCACUUGCAAGUUGCACAGGAAUUUCCUCUCUUCCUUGCAUUUUGCCUCUGAUCGCCAACGUCAGCCUCUACAAGUCUGCCUGAAUUCUCACCCUCCCCAGGACCUGGAAGUUCACAUCAUCUUCUCUAAAGGGCUUGCGCCAAGGUCCAGCUUGGCCCAUCUGACUGUGGAGCUUCAUGGUGUCCAAAGAUCCCCGCACCAGGGGCUGCUCUUGAUACUGAAGAGCCAAGGGGCUGCCCAGUGGAGAGUUCAGGCACACCACCUCACUGGCCAACUGCACAUACUGGCUUCACAUGAAGUUAUUGUCAGCAGCACAGAAGCAGAGCCAUCUCUGAUUGUGACCCAAGAGAUAUCCUCUGAGUUGGCUUUCAUCGGGGAUCCCUUGCAGUACGCAGCAGAGCAGAAGCUGCCUGCCUUCAUAUCCUAUACUGAGGCUGAGCGGGUGAACAGGUUUCUCCUUGUGGUUGGAAUGAAUGAGGCCACAGCUGCUGUUCCAGCAGAUUCCAUGCUCUUCUGGCCAUUGCUUCUGCCUCCCUCAAAACUCUCAGUCCAAAGACAGUUGUUUCCAGAAGCUGCCAUAGCAGCCAGGGAAGGAAGGCCAGAGAUCUCGGAAGAAGGCCGUUCUGCAAUCCCCCAGAGGCACAUUUCUAAAACAGAGGGACUGGAAUCUACCUUGCAUCCUACUGCGGAGCAGAAACCCUUUCAUGAAAAGAGGGGCCCUAAGAGAGUCUCCUUUACCUCAUCACCUCCAACCCAGACCUCUUCCUCAGAAGCCACCAUGUCCUUUCAGGAUCUUCCCUUCAGCCACGGUAAUGUCCUGCUCAACCUAGAUGUUUACAGCUCAGAGUCUUUUGCCAAGCAGCCAGGACCCUGUACAGUCUCAGCAAACAGCCGGGUCUUUGUGGAGGCUUCCUUGACAUCCUAUGACUUGAGUCUUGGCUUCACCAUCCAGCGAUGCUUCAUAUCUCCCUCUUCUGAUUCUUCAGUGGUUUUUCCAUACCUGCUGAUCUAUCACGGCUGUGCUGUUGAUGCCCAUGUCAAUAUGUCAGAGUUGGAGCAGGCAGCCCGGGGCCAGGCAUUGCCUCCAGGCCAGCAGGAACGCCGCCGGCUGAGCUUCAUGCUCCAGCCCCGCUCCAACCACUCUAUUCAUUUCCUGCACUGCCACCUGGUGCUCUGCAGGAGGGAGCACUGGGAUUCCAGCAAGUCCAAGGGCUCAAUCCCAAAGUGCCCAUCAGAGAAGGAGGUUUGCAAGGGAGAAGUCGAGCUGGCCAGUGGUCGCUUCCAGCGCACUGUCACAAAGCCCAUCAUUGUGACUGUGGAUACUCCACUCAGAGCUGCCACUCCAUAUCUGAGACAAGAUAAUUUCUUACCCAAUCAGCAAGGAAAACCACGGAAGAAUGUGCAACCUAUCCCAACAACAGCUGUCCCGCGCCUAGAACUCCCAGCUGUAGUUGGCAUUGCCUUUUCAGCCUUCAUUAUUGGCCUAUCCCUUACUGGUGGACUUUGGUUCAUUCAUUCCCAGACAGGUCCUGAAGAAAAAGCAAUUCCAAAGGCCCCAGAAGUAUCCUCAGCUCUGAAUGCAGCUGACCCUGCAUAUGGUUCCAUGCCUUAAAUAAUACAGUUAGCUGGAUGUAAAAACGUUAAGAGAAUAGAAGCUCUGAUAUUGUAACGAGAAAGGGGAGUAAUUGCUUUAAAGGACAACCAUCACCAUGAUGUAUUUUCACUCAAGCUGGCUGUAUGUCUGUUUUGUAGGCUUCAAGCUAUGCUUUGCUUGUGACCAAGCAUUUGUUUCAGCAUAGCUGGCUGUGUUUCCCACUCAGUAUCAAAGGCACCUAUGAAGAUAUCAGCCUAACACCCAUCUUUUAAUCAAUAUCGUACUAUUCUGCAUAUCCUCAUGUUCUCUCUAAACUUCACCUUAUUUUUAUUUAUUUAUUUACAACAUUUAUAUCCUGCCCUUCUCAUCCGAAGGGACUCAGGAUGAGUAAACCCUGUACAACUUUUCUGUGCCUUGGUUGGGGCAGCUGGUGAAUUCUGCUGCCCCUUCCUUUUGACUUUCAAUUUUUGGACUGAGGUUUAGACAAAGAACUUUUCUGCUCUAGUCACUACUGAAGGAUAAGACACUCCCCUGUGAAGUAGUAGGGCAAUUUAUCCCCUUACCUGGUGCAGAAGCUGCCAACUGACACAACGUGAGAGAAGACAAAAGGCUCAGGUACGUCUUGGGGCUGCCAUUCCCAGUGGAGGAAUCUGGAUGAAAUGACACUUGGCAAUUUUAGUCAUUUGACUCUAUUACUAAAUCUGUGCUCUUUGCAUGAAUGUGAAUCUUUAUUUAAAGAAGCUGACUUUCACUUACCUUUGAAGCACUGGUUCCUUAACUUCCUGACAAAAAUCACUACCAAAACCCAAAAGUUAAAUUUAAGCACACUGGGACAGUGUGCGUGCCUGCUUAUCAGGUAAGCUAUCUUGCAAAUGAUGUACCAGCAGAUUUGCAAAAUCCACUGUAGUUAUUUCAUCUAGCAGAAUUUUUUCCCUACAGUAUUUUUAGUGGGUACUUUUCUAUUAAAAUUGUAGACCUUCUGUUGGCUAUUUCUGCAAAAGCUUGAUUGAAUAGGGCAGACUAUUAAUAGCUAUAUUACUGUACUUAAAGAUCUAUGAGAGAGCGAAAUAAAUGGCAUCUUACCUGUGA